AUGGCUCUGAAGGAUGGGAUUUACAGGCAUUCGGAGAGGCAAGGAUUGUUUAGUCCAGGUAUCCUUAUCGGCGCCCCCAAAGCAAAUACAACACAAGAAGAUGUAAUAGAAGGUGGAGCAGUGUUCCUCUGCCCUUGGUCAAAUAAUCGACAUCAAUGCACUAUAAUACCAUUUGAUACUGAGGGUAACCGAAAUAUUUCCAGUUCUGAUGGAUAUAUGAAAGAUUAUAAAUCCAACCAAUGGUUUGGGGCUACAGUCAAAUCACUCAAGGAAAAAGUUGUGGCCUGUGCACCUCUCUAUCACUGGGAAUAUUUACAGAAGUUCAAUUUCCACUUCGAGACUAGUGGAGUGACACCAGUGGGCACGUGUCUAAUAGCAGUUCAAAACUUCAGCAACUACGCAGAAUAUUCACCCUGUCGCUCCAAAAUUUUGCAAUCACAGCUUAAGCUAUCAGGCGUCCCAGAUCAGCGUUUUUGUGAAGCUGGAUGGAGCAGUGCAAUCACAGAGGCAGGAGACAUACUACUGGGUGCACCUGGCAGCUACUUUUGGCAAGGUCAGCUAUUUGCUACCAGCAACAUUGACACCAUUGUCAGGGAUUACAGCCGUAAUCAUCCUGUCAGACCACUAGGAAAGAAGAGACAAACAGAAGAUGCCAAAGGGAAAAAAGAUAACCAUUUUGAGGGUUACUCACUCACUGUGGGGGAAUUUACAGGAGACUCUGUUAAAGAUUACGUUUUGGGAGCUCCCAGGGCAGAAGAUUCAUUGGGAUCUGUAAUUAUUCUAGAUUCUGUGGAUAUGAAAACCAAGCAAACUAUUGUGGGCGAACAGGUAGCAGCAUAUUUCGGCUAUGCAGUGGCUGCCAUGGAUAUAAACAGUGAUGGGCGAGAUGAUAUCUUAGUUGGUGCACCUCUCUUUAUGAGCCGUGGACAGGAUGGCAAACUGCAUGAGGUUGGACAGGCUUAUGUUUACCUACAAGACCAGCUUGGAAGCUUCAAGCAGCCAACGCAGACGCUCACAGGAACUGACAAGUUCGGGCGCUUUGGCAGUGCCAUCAGCACUCUUGGGGACCUUGACAAUGAUGGAUACAACGAUGUGGCGAUCGGAGCACCGUACGCUGGUGAAGAUGGCAAAGGAAGAGUGCUCAUUUACCUUGGCCACGCCACUGGGUUGCACUCAAAGCCUGGUCAAGAGCUGAAGGGAACCUGGGGCCCUGACUCGGUAUCAGCAGGAUUUGGCUUCUCACUGCAAGGAGGUUCAGAUAUAGAUGCAAAUAACUACACCGAUUUGAUUGUUGGUGCCUAUGACAUUGAUAAAGUUGUAUUAUACAGAGCAAGACCUGUGAUAACAGCAGAAGCCCAAAUCAUACUUGUGCCUGACAUUCUAAAUCCAGAACUAAAGAAGUGCAGAUUACCUCAGGAUUCUAUACUGGUGACAUGUUUUGAAGUUCGGCUCUGUGUAAAGGUAAAAGGACAUGGCAUUGGCCAGCAAUUUGCUCUGGAUGGUCAAGUCGAGUUGGACAAAAAUAAGCAGCGUUCCCAGCGACGAAUCCUUUUCCUGCAUUCACAUCAAGCACAGAAAAAUUUCCAGUUUCCUCCGAUGAGAAAUGAACAAACAGCUUGCCAUAAUUUCACUGCCUACCUCAGGCAAGAAUCGGAGUUCAAAGACAAGCUAAGUCCAAUUGUUGUUACUCUGAACUGCAGUUUAUCUGAGGAGCAGCAGCUGGGUUCUGGCGGCCUGACACCAGUGCUGAGUCCGAACAGUGAAGCCUGGGUGACUAAAAAGACUCGUAUUCUUCUGGACUGUGGAAAUGAUGGAAUAUGCAUCCCAGAUCUCAAACUAAAUGCAACAGUAGAUAAGUCCCACUUGAUCGCUGGAGAUUCAAAUCCACUCACCGUGAUUAUCACUGCAGUCAAUAAAGGGGAAGGAGCCUAUGAAACAGAACUUCACAUCCCCAUCCCUCCACAAGUAGACUUCAUCAACAUUGUGCGGGACAGUAAGGGCCUCACAAAGCUGAGCUGCAACCCACGGGUGGAGAAUGGGACUCAAACUUUGACCUGUGACCUCGGUAACCCAAUGAAAAGUGGUGUGCAGUUAUCGGCAGGAUUCCAUUUCAUGGUGCACAGCUUGGAGCAGGUGGAGAAUGUUACAUUCAGCAUGCAAAUUAAAAGUAAAAACUUACGAAACUCCAGCAGCGAGGUGGUCUAUUUGACAUUUCCUGUUCAAGUUAUUGCACAAAGUGUUCUAAUAGGGGCUUCACUACCUGAGAAAAUUGUCCUCCCCUAUGUUGAUCUACAGUCAUCUGCAACUGUAGAAGUGAAGAAUGAAUCUCUGCCAAAUAUACAGCACACCUAUGAGCUACACAACAAUGGUCCAUCAGCAAUUAGUGAUGCUGUGCUUGAAGUUGACUGGCCUGCAGCUUUCCUUGGUGACAGUCUACUGUUCAAAUCAAAGAUUAUUCCAUGGGGCAAAAUCAACUGCACAGUGAAUGCUUCAGAUGCUGAGAAUUGGGUAGAAGCAAUGAGUACAAUGAGCCCAUUAUCUGAAACUACUGAGAACUCCCGACAUAACAUAAAUAAAAGAGAUGUCAACAACGCAGAAAAUGCAAUGGAGGAGACCAUCUUUAAUUUGACUUGCACCACUGUGACUUGUGUGAAAAUUAUGUGUCGAGUGGGACUCCUGGAGAAAGAGAAGCGAGCUGUAAUAAACAUACACUCUCAGCUCAGGAUGGAGGUCUUUGUGCAGAACCGUAACAAACAGUUUACAUUCCAGUCCCAAGCAUCAUUCAUUGUGCAAGAAAUGCCAUACAAAGUACAGCCUGAAGAAUUCCCCAGUGACAACAUGAUGGUACAAACUCUAAUUUACCGCAGCGGUCCUGAGGAUGUCUUGCCCAUACCCAUCUGGUGCCUUGUAGUUGCCAUCCUUGGUGGCCUGCUACUUGUGGCUCUAGUGGCAUUCAUCCUUUGGAAGUGUGGAUUUUUCAAACGGAAACUGCCACCAACCGAAGAUGAAGGGUUGCUGUAACAUGCAAUCUACGCAAUUCCUCAAUCCUACCUCCCUCAAGAAACUACAGCCUCUCCAAAUCUUACGACAACUCACAGAAGUCAAAUUCCGCCUUGCUCAACAGGUGCACAAGGGAAACCUGCUGUUGUCUGAUUUUUCACCAUUAAUGCCAGAAAAUACAUGUACUCGUUAGCAUCUUGCGUUUCCAAUUGGAGGCCUGAGUUGAAAAUAAUUCCUGUCAUUUUUCAAUUCUGUGAACAUGGUUUUAAAAACAUCUGUUAAUCUUAUAAAACCUUUCAGCCUAGAUUAUAUAUCAAGCCAACCCAGAAGAGGGAGGUAAUGAUAACCUCACUGGAUGAUUGAUGCAGGGGUCCAGACUCAUACGUUGGAGAUAUGGGUUCACAUACCACCACAUCAGCUGGUGGAGCACAGGUUUAAUCAAUAAAAAUCAGGAAUUGUAAGCCGGUCUCUGUAAUGGUAACUGUGAAAUUCCAAUCAAUAGUUGUUAAAAAAACCAUCUGGCUCAUGAAUGUCCUUAAGGGGAGGAAAUCUACUUCCUUACCAGGCCUGGCCCUAUGUAUGACUGCAAUCAAGAUGGCCUUGUAAAUCAGUUAAUUCAAAGAUAAUUAUUGUUAGGGGACAACAGCUCACAAAAACCCACAAAGAGAAUUUUAUAAAACUCCAGAAGUGAGCAAUUUUCUGAAGUUUAUUUCAGUAAACCACUGUACCAGAGCAAGCAGACAGCAACCAAUAGUGUUAUGAAGCUAGACCAGAUUUAGCUCAUGCUUGUCUUGUUGUACAACACAGGAAUACUUGAUUUAACCAUGAUUAGCUUGCAAAACUAUAAAUGUAUCUAGCCCCUCCCUAUUCUAUCCGUCCCUUCUACGUGCUUUGGCCAUCGUCAGACCCGAUCAGUCCUUUAUCCAGUGCACUCUACUUUGCUUUUCCAUUAGACCAAAGACAAAAAGCCCUUCUAGCUUUUCAGUGCAUGGAUCUAGUAUGUUAUCAAACUGGGGUUUCACAUUAGAUUGUCUCAACUUACAUUGCAUACACUGCCAUAUCAAUUAUAGCUUGUGAUUUCCCCAAUUAUUUUGCUUAAAUAAGUCAUAGCUUGAGUUAUAGAAUCAUACAGCCAUACAACAUGGAAACAGACCUUUUGGUCCAACUCAUCCAUGUCAACCGAGCUUCCCACACUAAAGUAGACCCUUUGGCCUAGUUCCCUCUUAAGUUUUCCUAUACAUGUAUCUAUCCAAAUGUCUUUUAAAUGUUGUAACUAUGCUUACAACUAAUACUUUCUCUGACAGUUCAUUCCAAAUAUAAACCACGUUUUGCAUGAAAAAGUUGCUCCUCAAGUCCAUUUUAGAUAUGUCUUCUCUCACUUUAAAAAAAAUACCCUCAGUUUUGAACUCCCCUACCCUGGAGUAAAGACCUUUGCUAUUCAUCUUGUAUAUGCCCCUCAUGAUUUUAUAAAUCCCUGUAAGGUCACCCCUCAAAAAAAGGGUGACUUUACACUCCAGCAAUAAAAGUCCAAGCCUAUGAAGCCUCUCCUUAUAACUCAAAUCCUCCAGCCCUGGCAACAUCCUUGUAAAUCUGUUCUGCACCCUCUUUCAUUUAACAAUAUGCUUUCUAUAUCAGGACAACCAGAACUGUUACAUUGAUAUCUGUGUAUUUUAAAAGUUGUAAUUAAUUUGAAUAUUCCUUUCUCUUUGUCUUAUCUUUAAAAAGGAGCUCGCGUCAAUUUUUCCAAUGAUUUAGCAGUUAAAGCUAUUUUCUAGCAUAACACUAAGCCUCAUAGACAAGUGUCAGGUUUCUGAUGAUCUCCACCAGUCAUUACAAUUGGCCCCAUUUCCUGGUUUAGAACAAAAAAUCUGAAUUGGGAUGCUUGACUGAUUUGAUGUGACGUCUGCUGGGAAAAGUGUAAGUGUGUGUGGACAUUGCAUUCAAUCCUAAUACCCUGUACAACGGAGCAACUACUGACACUCUGUCUUGACUACGUUGAGAAGGAACAGGGGCCAAUAACCCUGAGAUGGAAUUCUCCUCUAAUACAUUAUGAGAGAAACUGUCAUCGAAUGUUUUUCGCUGAAUUUGUAACCGGGAGCUGUGCAAGGAGCUGGUCAUUCCAUUGGUUAAAGGGUUAAAAUUUGUUUUUGAAAUUGGCAUAAGUUAAACCAACCAGCUACAUAAUGAUCUUUUGGUCCCAUGCAGUAAAAGGAACUAAGGAGAUACUUUGGCUUCACCUGCAUGUAUUUUUCUCCCUCUCCAUCUUCUUUCCUAACACUAAUUCCUUUAUCUUCUCUCCAUUUCUGAAAUCAAUUAGCUUAUCAGAAAGAGUAUUGAAUUAGACAGCUACUAUGUUUUUAACUAAAGGAACAGGAGUAGGCCAUUCAGCCCACUGAGCCUGUCUAGCCAUUUAAUACGAUCCUGGGUGAUCAAAUACUUCAGUGCCUUCAUAAGUCCCUAACCACAUAUACCAUUAGAAAGGAACAUAUGGUGAAUGAACACCACAAAAUCAAAAACAAUUUUGCCAUAGCCUGCAAAUAAAUAUUGUUGGAUUCAACUUAAAGUGCGAUACAAAUGUAAGGUUUUAUUUUUGAAGUUUAAUAUGACUAAUCUCUCUAGCACAACUGUAUUCAAUGUGAUCUGGGGAUUGUAAAGUUCCAUUUAACUUCUUCAGCCUGAAUAAUAGAAUUUAAUUGAUGUUAAUAAUUCCAUAUGUCAUAGUAGCUUCAUCCUCACAGUGGGUUAGGUUAAAAUAGACAGUUGCACCCUGAAGAAAAGUGGAUGCUAGAAGUUGUGUGCUAUUUUUCAAGCUUUGAACUAUGAAGACAAGCAGUAGCACAGCUCUGAAUGUUUAAGGAUUGAUUCUACCAGUGAGACAUCCUAGUAUGGAGCCCUCAAGCAAGUUCAAAUGAGGAAUCCAAGUUGAUUGAUUGAAAGAGGCAGAAUAUUAACUGAAUUUAUUUUUUUUUCUCUGUAAUUUUUCUUCCUUAUAUCAUUAGCAUCUCCACUUUUCUUGCAUUUGAUUUCAACUGACUCACCCAUGUCCUAGUUCAUUGCGAUGAAGAUUAGAUAUUAGAUAGACGAUUUGAGGAGAUGCAAUCAUAUUUAAGCAGAGACUCAAGAGUCAUAAAGCGUAGAAACAGACCCUUUGGUCCAACUAGUCCACAUUGACCAUGUUUCCAAACUAAAAUAGUCCCAUCUGCCUGCAUUUGGCCCAUAUCCCUCAAAACAUUUCCUAUUCAUGUACUUACCAAAUUUCUUUUAAACAUUGUAACUGUACCUGCACAAUGCUUAUGUCGAUUACAUACAUUUCUCCCUAGAAAUCAGUAACAAGACUCCUGAUAUAAAUUGAAAACUCUUGGCUGCUUUCCUUCCUUCUUCACAUCAGAAAGAGUGAGAAAUAUUGAAGCAUCACCCUCAUUGCCAUGGGGUACCAUCAGCUGACUGAACAGAGACAAUGGGCUUGAUUUCUAUGUUGGGAAUCCACAGCCACUGCAUUUUUACAAUGUCCACACAAGCCAGUUUCAUGGUAAGGUGGCAGAGAUGGACUGAGUCCAUCUGUCCUGUAUCCAGCAGCAAACUUGAGGCAAGGCAGUAGUGGGUCAAUAUCAAUGCCAUCAGUUUAAAAGGGCUACCUCAAUUCACUGGGAUGUUGGCCCAGUUCUGAUGGUGAAUGGAGGUUCCAUUACCUUCAUAAUUCCUUGAAACCACAUACAAUCCCCAUUGUAUCAGUGAUAAUGGGAACUGCAGAUGCUGGAGAAUCC